AGUGGGUAACGUGUUAAGUGAUUCCUCUUGUAGUGACUUUCCGUAAGGAUAGAUUGGCUGCAGCUCUCGAUGGAAACGACAUAAACCUCUUGACAGUUCACCAGUGCUUGAGCUCGCCUGACAGCAGAUUUACAAAGAAUACGAGCAGGAGUUUUGUUAGUUACUGUAUUUCGCCCACCGAAACACAGCCUAAAUAGUUCGCCUGCACGCUGCACGUAUCUGAAGCGUACUAGUAUUCUGCUUCAGUCGCGAACCGGGCACGUCGUGAGGGCGUGCUCGCCAGUCGUAGCUAAAAGGUCCCGCUUCGACUGCUGCUCUCAUUGCAGUCCAGUCUGCCGAGCGGAGCGGACUGACUGAGGGACAAGCCCCGUCUCCAUUCAAGGAUUUUACUUUGUACACUUCGUCCUACAGAAGACGACCGACAAGAAUCGCACCUCGCCUUCUGUGGACAAUGUUUCUCUUGCAGUACACAGGACUCAACACUCUUCCCUUUGAUCCAGCAACCAACAACGACCCUCUCCAGUUCAGCAGUUCCAGUGGGCAACUGGUGUCAGAGUGUCCUCCUCUGGAAAACACCACCGAGAAUAGCAAGAAGAGGAAGAGAGCCUGCCUGCCUCCAGAAGGUAUCUGCAACAUGACAAUGGACUCCAACUCGAUGACGAUGCCCAUGUCAGACCCCAACGCCUGGGCAACAGCCAUGAACAACCUGGGGAUGCCUCCCAUCGGAAUCACUGGACAGCAACUCAUGCCAGAUUUUGAUCCCAGCCUUGGUAUGAUGGCUGGAAUUACCCCCCUGAAUCCCAUGAUGCCCGGACUCGGUAUGGUGCCUGCCCCCCUCUCCCAGGAUCUGCCAGUUGUCAAGGAAAUCAUCCACUGCAAGAGCUGCACCCUGUUCCCCCCCAACCCCAAUUUCCUGCUAGAAAAGUUUCUGCCUGGGGACUUUAUUCAAACAAGUCUUACAAGUCAUCUUCAAGACCUUCCCCCUCCAGCCACAAGAGACCGCCCUCCAGGUUGUAAGACGGUGUUUGUCGGCGGUCUGCCAGAGAACGCCACAGAGCAACUCAUCAUGGAGGUCUUCGGGCAGUGUGGUGAUAUCACUGCCAUACGCAAAAGCAAGAAAAACUUCUGCCAUAUCAGAUUUGCUGAAGAGUUUACUGUGGACAAGGCUCUCUUCCUGUCGGGUUACCGUAUUCGUUUGGGCUCCAGCACAGACAAAAAAGACACUGGCCGUCUCCACGUGGACUUUGCCCAGGCCAGAGACGACCUCUAUGAGUGGGAGUGUCGCCAGCGCAUGUUGGCCAGAGAGGAGAGGCACCGGCGCAAGGUAGAGGAGGAUCGCCUCCGGCCUCCCUCCCCUCCUCCCAUCGUCCACUACUCAGAGCACGAGUGCAGCCAGCUGGGAGACAAGAUCAAAGACGACGGAAAGUUUCCUGAAGCAGUGCGUGUUCUCUUGACCUGGUUGGAACGAGGUGAAGUCAACCGCAGGAACGCCAACAACUUCUACUCCAUGAUCCAGUCCUCAAACGGCCACAUCCGCCGGCUGACGAGCGAGAAGAGUCAGCAUGAGAAGGAGGUGGAAGAGGCCAAAGACAAGUUCAAGACUGCUCUGGCUGGCAUAGUUGGUCAAUUUGAACAGAUUGUGUCUGUAUUCCAAGCUGCUUCCAAACAAAAGGCAUGGGACCAUUUCUCCAAAGCUCAGCGCAAGAACCUGGACAUGUGGCGGAAACAAGCAGAGGAGAUUAGAAACAUGCACAACGAGCAGCUGAUGGGCAUCAGACGAGAGGAGGAGAUGGAGAUGUCGGACGAUGACAUGGAGGAUUCCCCUGACAGCAAGGACUCUGAGGACUCAGGUGUUUCCCAAGCAGAAGCCUUGAAGGAAGAGAACGACUCUCUGCGCUGCCAGCUGGACGCCUACAGGAACGAGGUGGAGCUGCUCAAACAGGAACAAGGCAAGAACCAACCAAUCAGCAGUGAGGAGGACACCACGCACUCUCAGCAGCUCAGCUUCCUGCAGCAGGCUCUGCAAGGCAUGCAGAAGCAACUGUUAAAAAUGAGGGAAGAAUUAAAGCAGCGGGAGGCAGAGCUGGAGAAGAGUUUGGAGGACAAACAGCAGCUGAAGAUCCAAGUCCAGAACCUGAAGGAAGGACUCCAGAACCUGCAGAACACAGACGUAAUGCAGCUGGAGACGUCGAAGCAAGAUGACAGAGGCAGCGAGGAAAGCACUAAUCAAACCAGUGAAGCCACAGUAACUACAGUGGUGUCCUGUAGUCAGGAGAAGGAAGGUCCUACAGAGAAGAACCCCCCGAGUCCUGUCCGCUCAGAGAGGGAAGCUCUGCUAGUUGGGAUCAUUUCGACGUUCCUGCACGUCCAUCCGUUUGGAGCCAGCAUCGAGUACAUCUGUUCCUACCUGCAGCGUUUGGACACCAAGAUCAACACCAGUGAGGUGGAGGCUCUUCUUUCUCGGCUGCCCUGCACCUUCAGACAGGAGCUGACUGGUGUCGGAGCCAGUUUGGAGAAACGCUGGAACUUCUGUGGCUUUCAGGGCAUCAAGAGCACGUAAGAUUCUGCUGGUGACACUUCUGGGACAUGGAAGAGACGACAGGCAGCGACAACACAGGGACACUGUAGAGAUGCAAAAGACACCGUAUAAAGCCCACAAAUAUCAAAGACGGUAGACUGUACUGUACAAGGACACAGAAGACUGAGCACAGAUCUCCGAUCAGGAGGAAAUGUUACAUGAGCAUUUCAGGGACUCUGUACGUGGCAGAGAGGUAAAAAACGCGG